AUCAUCAUGAAGGGACUCAGACUGCUCGCGACUUUUCUCGCCUCUGUAUGCUUCACUAACGCUAAAUACGAAGGAUGGCAAGUGUGGAGAGUGGUACCGCCAACGAUUCACACAGAACAUGGCUGAGAGAAAUAGAAUCGAAUCUUGGAGAUGCGCUUGACUUCUGGUCGAGUAUUUCCAAGAUACCUGGCGAAGCAGUCGAUAUCAUGGUCCCGCCCCUAUUCCACGGUACGCUCCCUGACGUCAUGAAGAACAUGGGACUGCCAUAUAAGGUCACCAUCUCUGACGUCGGUAAACUCAUAGCCAAUCAGAUGUCUGCGAUUAAUGAGAGGCGGGAUCGCGAGCCACGGAUAAGCUCAUUGGCGGACUUUGAUUAUAACGUGUAUCAUCCAUACGAUGAGAUUCAGCAGUGGGUGUCUGACAUAGCAGAAGAGUAUUCUGACAUCAUCUCACCUUUCUUAUUGGAUCACUCCUACGAAGGGCGGGCAAUUAAUGGAUUCAAAAUCCGAGGAACUGGAAGCCAAUCUGAAAACCCAACUGCGGUAUGGUUUGAGGGCGGUAUUCAUGCCCGAGAAUGGAUCUCACCAGCUACUGUCAUGGGAUUCACUCAAAAGCUUCUUAACGACUACAGAAAUGGCGACACCUUGGCAACGAACAUGCUUGACAAUAUAGACUGGUACAUUGUUCCAUCUCUCAAUGUCGACGGCUAUUCAUACACAUGGGGACCUGACCGUUUGUGGAGGAAGACUCGUUCACCGAACCAGGGCUCCUCCUGUACAGGAAAGGAUCCAAACAGAAACUGGGCAUUCGAAUGGGGAGGCGCUGGUACCAGUCCCUGGCCGUGCUCAGACAAGUUCCACGGUCCGAAUCCACUCUCGGAGCCCGAGGUGGCCGCUGUGACCAGGUUCCUAAGGGAACGCAAAUCACAGGGCCAGGACUUCAUCGUCUUCAUCGAUUGGCACAGCUACUCCCAGAAGAUCAUCGCACCAUGGUCGUACAAGUCCGUCGGUACGCGCACCGAGGACUACGAUGACCAGAUGGCCUUCGCUCAAGCUGUCGCAGAUGCGAUCAACGGUGUCCAUGGCACAGUGUUUACCUAUGGAGCCGGUGCAGAAAUCAUGUACGCGGCGGCAGGGUCGAGCAAAGACUUCGGUUACGCGGACUUCGUCGCGAUGGGCGAAGAUACGGACGGCGGCCUCGGCUGCAAGUAUUCGUACACCAUUGAACUCCGAGACACGGGCGAGUACGGACAGCUCCUACCGGAAUGGCAGAUUCAGCCGGUAUACGAGGAGAUCUACGCUGCCGUGCGCGCCAUGGGCGACCAUAUCUUGAGAGAACUGGGUUUCAUCGCAUUGAUAUGGCGGAUAAGACCAGCAACCGAGCACCAUCUUGAAUGGUUGAGUGACCUUGAACGGACUAGAGGUGAAGAGUUUGAUUUCUGGACCCCUGUCCUUAAAAUACGAAAUCACCCUGUCGAUGUAAUGGUACGACCCGAGCUCCAGGCCCCUCUGCGCAUGCUCUUGAAGCAUAAGGGGCUGGGUUUCGAUGUCAAUAUAGAUGACGUCAGCGUACUUGUGUCCAAUCAGAUGUCCGAAAUAUCAGAAAGGCGGGAAAGAGAGCGACUGAGUGGGACUGCGUUGAGUACCUUCGACUACAACGUUUAUCAUCCUUACAACGAGAUUCAGCAAUGGGUUGAUGACAUAGCUAGUGAAUAUAGUCAUAUCGUCACACCGUUCCUGCUUGGAGAUUCAUACGAAGGACGACCCAUUAAAGGAAUUAAGAUUCGAGGAACUGGAAGCCAGUCUGCAAACCCACCAGCUGUCUGGUUUGAGGGCGGUAUUCAUGCUCGAGAAUGGGUCUCACCAGCUACUGUAAUGGGAUUCACUCAAAAGCUUCUGGAUGAGUACGACAACGGUGACGACCUAGCUGUCAAAAUGUUCGACAACCUAGACUGGUACAUCGUCCCAUCUCUGAACGUUGACGGAUAUAGCCACACUUGGUUAUCGGAUCGAAUGUGGCGCAAGACCCGGUCAUCAAACCUUGCCUCACCUUGCACUGGUACGGACCCAAACAGAAACUGGCCCUACGAAUGGGGAGGUGUCGGGGCCAGCGCAUGGGAAUGCUCCGAAACCUACCGCGGCUCAAAUGCUCUCUCCGAGAUCGAAGUCGAACACGCCGUCAGUUUCUUACGGGGGAAGAAGGCCGAUGGGCAAGACUUCAUGGUGUUCAUCGACUUCCACAGUUACUCUGAGGUCAUCAUUGCACCUUGGUCGUACCUCGACUCUAAUCCUCGCACCGAAGACUUUGAUGACCAGAUGGUUUUGGCGUCGGCUAUGCAGACCGCCAUGAUGGAUGUGCAUGGUGUCGAGUAUAAGUACGGGGCCGGUGCCGAGAUAUUAUAUGCCUGCUCGGGUGUGACCAGUGACUGGGGUUAUGCCGCCUUCUCCCGAUUCGGAGACGACACCCAAGGCGGACUGGGCGCCAAGUAUUCUUACACCGUGGAGCUUCGUGACACGGGCGAGUACGGGUUCCUGCUACCCGAGAACCAGAUUCAGCCCACCUACGAAGAGAACCACGCUGCAGUGCGCGCUAUAGGGACCCAUGUCCUGCGCGAGCUUGGUGUUACUGUUUAA